AUGUGUCAGACCCGCGUGCCCCACUGGCAUAACACGUGCAACGUACCCCGAUGCCUUUGGCAACCAGGAUAACUUCAAUGAGCGGUUCAACACGACUUACUACAAGGAAAAUACUCCUAAUGCAGGCAGUCAACAAACGGUGGACAGCUUCUCAGAUAUCAACGGCGCAGCUGGGAAUUUCCUGUCAUUUGAAUUCGCUACGUUCGUGUAUUCUUGUGCAGGAGGCAGCUUCUCCUUUACCAUCGACAACGCGGAUGAUAUCGCUCUCGCGUGGUUCGGUGACGUGGCGUGCGGUGAUUUUGAAAAGAACAACAACCAAACGUUUGCGAGUUACACGGGUGGACCAGGCAAAGUUACGUUCACGACAACGCUCGUGGCUGAGCAGUAUUUCCCUAUCCGCCUAAUUUAUGCCAACGCCGCGGGCCCAGCUUCUCUUGAUUUGAAUGUCGUCGGGCCAAAUGGAACGAUAGCUGAUAAUUUGUUCUAUCCUGCACCUUGCGAUGGAUCCAAUGCAUUCGUGCCGUUCGGGACGGAAGCGACAGCUGGGCGUACCUGUGUCAGUACUUAG